CAGACAAAGGCAGCUGCAGACUCAGCCAUCAGGCAGUGACAUUGCAAUGGGAACAAUUCGCCUUGCUACAGAGCAUCUUAUCGAGCAGAUGGAGGUUUGACACUCGUUUCUAUCACAGCCGUGUGCUAUUGAACAUGCACCUCACUGUGUGCUGUCAGUCGCACCCUAUGCACGGACACAGCUUUGCAGAGAUAAAACUAAAGAAUGGCAGAUGCUGGAAAUCCAAGAUAAAACCAGAAACUGCUGGAGAAACUCAACAAGUACUCUGCCACGUCCUGCGUCGCACUCUCUGAAGCUAGAUUGAUCAUGAGAGGACAGUGAUCAGAGAGACUCCCUGUCGAUUACGUUCUGCGCGAAACAUUGUUUUGAAAAGUGUGUUCCUGGGAGUCUGUAGCUAGGAUGCUCCCAGGAUUCCCUUUGCAAUGAUGAACAGCAGUCAAGGUGAGAUGCUAACCUGUAACAUCAGCUACGACCAGGGCACAGUGCCACUGGUCACUGUCUACAGCCUGGUUCUUAUCGUCGGGGCCCCUGCCAACUUUGUGACCUUGUGCCUGUCCUUUGUGAAGAUCUGCAGGAAGAACGUCCUGUCUGUGUACCUGUUCACCCUCUCGCUGUCUGACCUGCUCUACAUGGGCACCAUUCCCCAGUGGAUCCUGUACGUCAAGAACCACAAUAAGUGGACACAGAGCGACACAGCCUGUCAGCUGACUGGCUUCAUCUUCUUCAACAACUUGUACAUCAGCAUCCUCCUGCUGUGCUGCAUUUCCACUGACCGCUGCUUGGUCGUCCUCUACCCCAUCGAGGCCCAGUGGCGACGUCGACGAAGGACAGCGGUGAUGGUGUGCAUGGGCGUCUGGCUCCUCGUGAUGAUGGUCCACCUGCCGGUCUUCUUCCUGUCCAAUGUGAAGAGCGCCAAGGAGAAGAACGACUCCUGCUUCGAGACUAUCCCCAUGCCCCCACUCGUGGCGAAGUUCAACUAUGCCCGUUUUAGCGUGGGCUUCUGCAUCCCCUUGUUCAUCCUGGCUCUCACCAACUUGCUGAUCUUCCGAAGGAUCCAGGCCAGCCCGUGCCUCAACAUCCGUGAAAAGACCAAGGUGAAGUACCUGGCCAUCGCCAUCAUAUUGAUCUUCCUUGGUUGCUUUGCGCCGUACCACCUCGUCCUCCUCAGCAGAGCCAUCGCCUUCUCCUUGUAUAAGGACAGCUGCUGGUUUGAGGAGAAGAUCUACAAUGCCUCUACCCUCUUCCUCUGUCUGUGCACCAUUAACAGUGCCAUCAACCCGAUUCUCUACAUGUUCUCCUGUGAGAGUGUCAGGCAGGAGUUCUGCAGAGAGGUCCAGUCCAUCAGGAACCGCUCCAGUCGCCGGAGCAACAGGACAGACAGUUACAUUCUGAGGAACGGACAGACCUCAGGGACAUCUGUGUACAGAAUGGAACAUAUUACCAGUGAAAACUGACCCGAGAUUGAACUAAGAACAUACCUUCGCAAACCGACAUUUAACACCAUCUUGUUCUCGAUUAAACGCGACUGGAUUGCAGAGUCAGCUUCGACAGGCUCACGUUAGUGGGCAGCUAGGAAUGGUGUGCAAAUUGCACACAAAACAGUGGAGUCUUCUGUGUGUUCCAUGCUGCCUGGAAGUGCCCCAGCAAUUCCCUCUCAGCACUGCUCAUGUGCUGGAGCCCCUUGUCUUACUACCUCAACCCAGGACCAAUGCCCACACGGGGAAGGAGAUUGGGGUGACACUUGCUCCCAGUCUCACCUGAAGGCCGUUUUGAGACCACUCCAAGUGAUGUGGACAGUGUACUGGGACAUAGCCUGUGUUUCCAGUGGAUCAUCUGUUACUGCGGGAUUAUCGAACAGGGAAUCGUUGGGAGUGAUAAUUGACAGGGGACGGUGCGACUCCAAAAUCGGUCAGAGCAGACCAUGUGUCCUGUCAGCAAAUCUUGUGCUUCCUUCACCCCCUGGGACAAUGAGCAAUAGUGAUGUGGGUCAGUCAGCCUGACUCCAACCACUCCAACAUCACUUUGAUUAAUGUCCAUCUGUUCACUCCUUAAUACCAGUAAUAGUCAGGCAAUACAGCCUGCCUGAGAGUCUAGUCAAAGGGCAAAGUCAAUGUCAAGAAUUGUACCUUUGGAUAGUCUGGAUCAAUUCCCAGUUGCUUACAAUGGCCAGUGUCCAGAAUUCUGUGCAGAUUGGCCAUUUCCUUCAGGAAGACGUGUGCAGCAAUAUUAUUGAACACUGGGUGAUGAUUUGCUCCGUUCACUGGGUACAGCUAGGUUCUAGAAGGUUCUUAACUGCCACGAAGCCUGCCAUUCAGUGGGACAAUGGCUGUCUUUAUUUAAACUCUCUGAGUUAGCUCAACGUCUUUGAACACUGCUGGCCAGCAAAAAUCUAAAACUUACCAUUAUCCAUUGAGUGAACACCAGUUGAAUUUAAUGCACACAGUUCACAGAUCCUACCCUUUGAAUGAACACACCAUUCCUAAAUUCCCUCCUGAAUACCGUCACUCUGGGGUCUCAGGCUGUAAGAUCUUAGGAGGUAUGAGCAUGAUCUUCUUACUCAGUUCCUCAAACCCGCCCUGACAUUCCAUACAAUCUGUUCUGCAGAAGUGUCACGGUCUGAAAUGUAAACUUUGUUUUCUGUCUCCACAGAUGCUGCUAGACCUGCUGAGUUCCUCCAGCCAUUUCCGUUUCUGUUUCAGAUUUCCAGCAUCUACUGUUCUUUUGCUUUGUCAAUGCAACCCAAAUUCUGCCUGCUAUACCAGAAUUCCAUAAAAGAUUAAGAAUCUAUCUCAGCCUUAAAUAAACUCAAUGAUGGGCCAACCACUACUUUCAGGAGCCCUCAAGAUAUUUAACAAGUACUUUGAUAAGUGUAUACAACACCAUAGCAGACAAGGUAACAAACCAAGUGCUAGGAACUGGGGUUAGAAUAGAUGGCUGUUGAUGAUCAGCAUGGCAUGAUGGGCCAAAGGUCCUCUUUCCUCAAUCUAACAACUUUUUAUGACUCUUUGGAAAACCGAUUUCCAAACAUUCACAACAACGAAGGAAAGAAAUUGCUCUUCAUCUCAGUGCUCAAUGACCCCUAACUCUGGGACUGCGACCCAUGCCUUCUAUUGUCCAACAAGGGGGCAAACAAUCUCUUAGCUCUUGAUGGGGACAGUGUAGAGGAAGUUUACGCUGCUUCUAACCCCAUGCUGUCUCUGCCUGGGAGUGUUUGAUAGGGGACAGUGUAGAGGGAGCUUUACUCUGUAUCUAACCUUGUGCUGUCCCUGUCCUGGGAGUGUUUGAUGGGGACAGUGUAGAGAGAGCUUUACUCUGUAUCUAACCCCGUGCUGUCUCUGUCCUGGGAGUGUUUGAUAGGGGACAGUGUAGAGGGAGCUUUACUCUGUAUCUAACCUUGUGCUGUCCCUGUCCUGGGAGUGUUUGAUGGGGACAGUGUAGAGAGAGCUUUACUCUGUAUCUAACCCCGUGCUGUCCCUGUCCUGGGAGUGUUUGAUGGGGACAGUGUAGAGGGAGCUUUACUCUGUAUCUAACCUUGUGCUGUCCCUGUCCUGGGAGUGUUUGAUACGGGACAGUGUAGAGGGGCUUUACUCUGUAUCUAACCCCAUGCUGUCUCUGCCUGGGAGUGUUUGAUACGGGACAGUGUAGAGGAAGCUUUACUCUGUAUCUAACCCUGUGCUGUCCCUGUCCUGAGAUAGAAUCUUAGGUAUCUCACCCUCAGAGUUGUUGGCACGAGCACUGACUAUUUCCUUUGUCGGUUCUGACAAUAUUGAUGUCAUCUGGACAUUUUUUAAUCAUUCACAAGAUAAGGGUGUCACUGGCUAGGCAGCAUUAAUUGCCCAUCCCUAAUUGCCCAGAUGGCAGGUGAGCGUUACCCAUCUUGCUGUGGGUUUGGAGUCACAUGUAGGCUAGACCGGCUAAGGAUGGCAAUUUCCCUCCCCAAAGGACAUUAGUGAACCAGAUGGGCUUUCCCGACAAUUGACAAUGGAUUCAUGGUCAUCAUUAGACUCUUAAUUCCAGAUUUUACAAAAUUCAGAUUCCAGAAUCUGCCACAGUGGAAUUUGAACCCUACUCCCCAGAACAUUACCUGGGUCUCUGGAUUAAAGGUUUAGCAAUAAAAUCACUGGACCAUCACCUUCCCCAUGAGAAAAUGGAAACAAAAAUUGAUAAGAUCAUCUGAAAGAACUGAAUCGCACAAUCAGAUACUGUGUGGUGAGGAGUGUCUGAACUGAAGUGUAUUAUCUAGAAUGAUUAUUGCUGUGUAUUCAGAUAGAGCACAUACUGUAGAUAGUGUUAUAUAAUUUCAGCAAUGCAAUGAAAUAUCGUUUAUUAUGGGUUUUAAUAAAUAUCUUCUCAGGUACUCAGGUCAACCUCUCAGAGAUAAUGUCUCAGGGACUGCGGUUUGCCUCUUGUUGACCGUGAUUGGAUCUUACAAACAAGUGCUGAUAUUGAAAACUCACCAACACUCACCUUCAGGUACGACUGGCUCAAUUACAAUAAGAACCACAUUAGCCAAGCCCAGUUAAUCCCCGGAGCGUUCCCUCAGGCUGGAAUCGCACUUGAUUCAGGGGAAGACCGAGAGGGGAUGUCAUGGGAUUCCUGGACUCUGGUGAUGGAGUGUCAAUUAGGUUCAUUAAUAAGACCAUAAGAAACAGGAGCAGAAGAAAGCUAUUGAGCCCAUCAAGUAUACUCUACCAUUCAUUGAGAUGUGAUAAAUUUCCAACUCCACUUUCCUGCCUUUUCCUUAUAACCAUUGACUCUCUUCCUGAUUAACGGCCAAAUGACAACCAUUACAUUUGAGACCCCCACAAUCUCAUGAUGCCACAAGAUUCAUGGGGCCAUGGGGCAAACUCUAAGGUUAGAGUCAUUCCUGAUACAUAGGAAGAUGGUUAUGAUUCUUGGAGGUCAGUCAUCUCAGCUCCAGGAUAACUCUGCAGGAGUUCUUCAGGAUAGUGUCCUAGGCCCAACCAUCUCCAGCUGCUUCAUCAAUCACCUUCUCUCCUACAUAAGGUCAGAAAUGGGGAUGUUCGUUGCUGAUUGCCCAAUGUUCAACACCAUUCGCGACUCCUCAGAUACUGAAGCAGUCCGUGUCCAAAUGCAACAAGAUAUGGACAAUACCCAGGCUUGGGCUGACAAAUGGCAAGUAAAAUUUGUGCCACACAAAUGCCAGGUGAUGGUCAUCACCAACAAGACACAAUCUAACCAUCACCCCUUGACAUUCAACAGUGUAACCAUCACUAAAGUCCCCCGCUAUCAAUAUCCUGGGAGUUAUCAAUGACCAGAAACUCAACUGGACUCACCACAUAAACACAGUGGUUACCAGAGCAGGUCAGAGGCUGGGAAUCUUGCAGCAAAUAACUCACCUCCUGACUCCCCAAAGCCUGUCCACCAUCUACAAGGCACAAGUCAGGAGUGUGAUGGAAUACUCCUCACUUGCCCUGGAUGGGGGCAGCUCCAACAACACAAGAAGUUUGACACCAUCCAGGACAAAGCAGCCGCUUGAUUGGCCCCACAUCCACAAACACCCACUCCCUCCACCACCGAUGUCAGUAGCAGCAGUGUGUACCAUCUACAAGAUUGUGGGCGGCACGGUGGCAAAGUGGUUAGCACUGCUGCCUCACAGCGCCUGAGACCCGGGUUCAAUUCCUGCCUGAGGUGACUGACUGUGUGGAGUUUGCACGUUCUCCCCGUGUCUGCGUGGGUUUUCUCCGGGUGCUCCGGUUUCCUCCCACAGUCCAAAAGAUGUGCGGGUCAGGUGAAUUAGCCAUGCUAAAUUGCCCGUAGUGUUAGGUAAGGGGUAAAUGUAAGGGUAUGGGUGGGUUGCGCUUCGGCGGGUCGGUGUGGACUUGUUGGGCCGAAGGGCCUGUUUCCACAUUGUAGGUAAUCUAAUCUAAUCUAAAAAAAGAUACACUGCAGCAAUUCACUAAGGCUCUUCAGAUAGCACCUUCCAAACCCACAUCCACUAGAAGGACAAGGGCAGCAGAUAUACGGAACAUCACCCCCUGCAUGUUCCCCUCCAAGCUACUCACCAUCCUGACUUGGAAAUAUAUCGCCGUUCCUUCAGUGUUGUUGGAUCAAAAUCCUGGAAUUCCCUCCCUAAGGGCAUUGUGGGUCAACCCACAGCACAUGGACUGUAGCGGGUCAAAAGGCAGCUCACCCCCACCUUCUCAAGGGCCAACUAGGGAUGGGUAGUAAAUGCUGGGGCCAGCCAGUGACGCCCACAUCCCACAAAAAUUAAUAAAUAAAUAAAUAAAUAUAAUUUCACUGGGUCCAUAUGUUUGGAAGGCUGCUCAGAUCCGUCUGCUCACACUGCCCUGAUUUAUAUCACUGUCCCUUUACUGUGGGGCAGUGGGUCCAAAUCCUGGGUCUCCUGAACACUGCUGUGGCUGCUCCUCCAGGUGAAGGGCUGGUUCAAGAAGAUGGUCCCUACCUCCCUGGGACAAUUAGGGCAGUACCAGAAAAAGCCCUCGAGUGCUCACUUAGGUGAGUUCUCAGAGGCUGUUGGUUACCAUGGUGGGACCCAACAUUGAUAGGAAAGGAGUGAGUGAGAAAGCUGUUAGAGUGGGUGGGGAAACUUAAUCAAAAGUACCGGUGUAUUCUAAAUAUCAGAAAGUAAGCCACAUCACAGGAUUUACCAAACUUUGUGCAUCAACAAAACUAAUACCUCCUGUUAAAAUGGUCACCAACCUGAGCAAAACCACAUAUGUAUUUCCAUAACUAUUGUAAGUUCACAUCAAAUCUGGGUGAAUGUAACACAUUCAGUCACACAAUAAUCGGGACUACAGAUCCUGCAUCAAUAUGCUUAAUGUGAAACUUGUACCAUUUUCAAUUGUGUGUUUUUAAAAAUAAAGUUAUUAAAUAUUG